UGAAAAUAAGUUUUCUAAUUUCUAGUCAAAGUGGGUUUUGUACUUUUAUAAAUAUACAGGUAUUGCUACCUAUAGCGAAGAAAAUUAUUUUUACGGUGAUGGAAUACAUUGGACAUGAUUUGAAGACAUUCAUGAAGGCAACGAAACUACCAUUUAGCCAAAGUGAAAUCAAAUGUCUUAUGCUCCAACUAUUGCAGUGCGUCAAGUUUCUACACGAAAAUCGCAUCAUUCACCGAGAUCUCAAGACAUCAAAUUUGCUUCUAAACGAUCGAGGGAAAUUAAAGAUUCGUCGAUCUAGGAGUCACCUGUCCCGGAAACCAGACACUAAUUUGGCUCCCGAAAUUCUAUUGGGAGCCACACAAUAUUCAACCGCAAUCGAUAUGUGGUCAACUGGUUGUAUCAUGGCUGAGAUGAUGUCUGUUGAUCCGCUCUUCAACGGAAAAACAGAAGCUCAUCAAAUUGACAAGAUUUUCAGAAUUCUUGGCACCCCGAAUGAGACCAUAUGGCCUGGAUUUUCUGUACUUCCUAGGGCGAACAAGUUCAAGUUUUCAAAGCAGUAUAAGCAGAAUAAUUUUUUAAGGAAAAUGUUUCCUGCUACGUCCUUCAUGGGGUUACCCGUACUAUCGGAUGCUGGCUUUGAUUUGUUGAAUAAGUUUCUAACUUAUGAUCCUGAGAAGAGAAUAACUGUCGAUGCUGCUUUGAACCAUGAGUGGUUUCGCGAAGUUCCUCUUGCUAAACCUAACGAAUUGAUGCCUGUUUUUCCUGCACAGGACGCGCAAGAUCAUACACCGAAAGCGAAGCAAGGAGGUGAAGCAACGGGAGACAGAUUCGGGUGACAGUUCAGUAGGAGCUAGAAUUAAUUAGCACUAAUUUUGUAUCUGAGAACGCGUUUUAUUUGGCAGUUUUUUUUUGGAUGUUUAAAUACUACUAUUGGAUGAGUUACUUUUUAUUGGAAGCACAUCACAUUAUGGCAGGGUAACAGCAUAAUCGUGAGAGAAAAAAAAUCUGACUAGAGAUUUGAUGCAAUGUUGCUUGAAGUGCCUUCGGGCAGAAGUAAUUUGUUGUUGCAAAAAGCUAUAAAUUUCUUUAA